UUAACUUCAUGAAAUUUGAGUGCAAUUGAGAUGUUUCGGUUAUGAUCACCAAAGUUGGAAGAAAAGUAUGGCUACUGCAGCGACUUCAGUCGGGGAAGAGACAGUUGUAUUACGAGGAGAGGAACCAGGCGCAAGUCAACAUUCGAUGCUGGUUGCUGGAGAUUCUUAUGAAGAACUAGACUACGAUCUGAGUGUGGAUGAUAACCAAGUGAAAAGAAGACUGAAAAGUGGAACUAUUGCUGAGAUUGUUGAGAAUGAUGAUGUUCUUCCACCAUCAGUGCCAGUAGGAGAAUUGAUAAAUCUUGAAUUGGAAGUCUUUGACGAAGUUCCGCAGGGAGAUUGUGCGGAUGGCGUCGACAGGGUCAACGAACUAAUAGCAGAGGUCAAUGAACUUUCAAUGAGCCAAGAAACAAAUGAGAGAGUACAAGAGAAUGAGCUGAACAGCGAAGCAGAAGCUUCGGCACCGGCUGCAUCUGAAGAAGAAGAAAUGAGGAUACGAUCCGGGAGCAUGGUAGAUAAGGUCCAGCAUACAGAGAGAGGGCAAGUGGUUGAAGAUAUUUGUACCACUGAAUGGAAGCAACAGAAGAAGCAUGUGUUUGUGUUCAGUGAUGCUGGCAAGCCUAUUUAUUCUAGGUAUGGAAAAGAAGACAAAUUGAAUCCUCUGAUGGGUGUGAUGCUAACAUUAGUUUCAUUCGUACAACUUGAAAAGGAUACUCUCAGGUCAUUUCGAGCUGGCAAUCAUCUGUAUGUGUUCUUAUUACGUCAACCUCUUAUACUUGUAGCUGUGUCUAAAACCAGUGAAUCCCAACAACAGUUACUGAUGCAGCUGACCUAUGUAUACAACCAUAUAAUCAGCGUUUUAACCUACUCACGAAUAAGUAGUAUAUUCAAGAAGAGAGAUAAUUAUGAUCUACGAAAGCUUUUAGGAGGUACUGAGAUCUUCCUAGAUAACCUAAUACAAUUAAUGGACCACGAUCCGUGUUUCCUCCUCACCGCUAUCAGAUGUCUACCGCUAGACAGCACGAUACGUGAUAUGAUCGGUAGCGCCAUGCACAGCGCUAAGGUCAAAGAUUUGGUCUUUGCCAUCCUCAUAGCUGACAACCAAUUAGUAACACUAGUUAGAAUGAAGAAAUACAUCCUACAUCCAGCAGAUUUACAUCUUAUUUUGAAUCUACUAAAUAAAUCAACGUCAUUCAAACACUCCGACUCAUGGUUGCCAAUUUGCCUACCAAAGUUUGAUAGUAGUGGUUUCCUUCAUGCGCAUAUAUCGUACCUCAGCGAGAGUCCUGCAUGUUUGGUUCUGCUUACAGUGGACAAAAUGGCCUUCGCAGAAAUGGCAAAAUGCAAAGAGAAAAUAUUAGAGAGAUUACAGAAGAACAACUGUAUAGCUGCCAUUCAACGAGCCGUGUCAAAGGGCAGCUUCCGAUGUCAAGAGGUCGGAAUUGGUGACCUUCGUCACUUCUUGUACAAGGUCCGAAGCACGGCUCAGUAUGCUGCUCCUGAACUAGACGCCCCUUACAAUCAACCGGAUGAGAGAGACAGGUUAUUAUCUUUAUACCAAUACACUCAUCAACGGAUUCACAGUCCAGCCAGACCACUCAAAAUCAUGUUUACCGUGGGAUCUAAAGAAGCUGUCCUAGGAUGGGUAACGGGAGGAUUUGAAUUGUUUGCAAUCUUUGGGCCUCUUACAACGAAACAAGCUGCUAUAUUUGCCGUCAAUAAACUACUCAAAUGGAUCAAGAAAGAAGAAACCAGAUUAUUCAUCUUGAACCCACCAGAGUAUUGAACCAAUAGACGAUGCUGUCAGGGAUACUUCAUGCAAGGCUCUGCUGUUUCAUCUGCUAAUCUGAGGGACUUGUCAACAGCUAACGGUCAGUUUCUGUGGCAUGCCAACUCUUGUAAAAGAAGGCAUUAUGAUCCUUGGUGCUUUUUCCAGCGAAUGGGAUGUGGUAUUGAUAUCCAUGAUGUCAACUGAAUGGAAGUGUAAGCCUUUUUUGCUCCUUACCAUCCAACUGGGGAGCUUUUCAUGAAAAGUGAUUUUCAAUGAUGAAUUGCU